ACAUUUUGUCAUGUAGUUGUGCUUCCUUAAAUUUUUGCCUUAUAGUCUAGUCUGUAUGCUUGUGAAUGCAAGAUGCAGUGCAUCGGGGCAAACUCAAACUAUUACUCGUCAGGCACCAACAAUUACCCAAGCUCCUGUUCAUGCAAAUGAAAAGUCGCCACAACUGGAUGAUGGUGGGACUGGAUUUCCGCCACGUGAUGAUGAAGGUGGUGGAGGUGGUGGGGGAGGUGGGGGAGGCAACUUUUCAGGUGGAUUCUUCCUCUUUGGCUUUCUUGCAUUUCUAGGCUUCUUGAAGGAUAAAGAAAGUGACGAGGGCUAUAAGAGCAGGAGGAGGAGACAAGCAAAUUGAUAUAGAAUCCAUAUGGCCUGUUUUCAUGUUGUAUUCUUUUUGACAAUGAAUAACAAUA